CCCUUCGUGACCGAGAGCCGGAGCGCGCACUCGCAUACACGUCUCCGCGUAAAAAUAAAGUCUACGGUGCGCCCGCGCACUUCAACCCAUUUAUAAUUAUCAGUAAAUCGCCGCGAGCGCACGACUGCCGUGGCCGGCGACCGCUCGCUGAAAAGAAAAUAACAUUCGUUUUAACGAAUCCGACCCGCGAACCCUUUCGUGACCAAGGGACGCGGUCCACUCCCUAGUCCGACACUCCGACGUUUUGCCGAGACUGUCACACCUACGCAGUAGGUACCGGUGUUACGACUCGAACUCCUGAUUGGUCGGCGUGUUUAUUGUGGUGAUUACGUUGUAUCAGUGAUAACAUAGUGUCAACUCUUAUGUAAAUAUGCCUGAAAGACCGAAACGUCGUAAAAAUAAUAAAAACAAACGGAAAAAUAAGAACCAACGUUUUGAUGGCAUUAAAAAUAAUAGUGAUGUGAAAACGGAAGACGCUGAAUCGUGUAGCGGUGAACAAACUAGUUUAACUGAAGAUAUAAAUUCAAUAACGCAGUCAUCUGAUAACUUAUCUGAAACUAACAUAAUCUCAUUUCCGUCUGUAAGUGAUGAAAAUGCGUCUGUAAGUGACGACGCUAUUAUUGAACAUAAGGUGUGUUUUGCUACUGAAAAUGCGUCUCAGGAUCUAAAUAAUAAUAGUGAUGUAGUAGAACCAUUAGUAGUUGCCGCAUCAUAUUCAUUAGAUGAACAUAUAAAUAUUCAAGAACCUGAAGUUUACCAAGUUGAAUCUCCAGAGCAAUCCCUUAAACCAAAAUCAAAAAGAAAAAAGCUUAAAUUAGAUAGCGUGAAAAGUAAAAGCUUAGAUAAUGAUGACGCUCCACAAAUCGUUGAAAUUACUGAUAGUAAUGCUGCAUUAAGCGAGAGCGACAGCAAUGUGUCUAUUAUUGAUACUAGUAAUGUUGUGGUUUCCGAAGUAGAUACAGAUGUAGAGUGGGAAAAAGCAAAUGAAAUAAACUCUGAAUGUACGACGGGUAAGGAAGUAGCUACCGGAACUUUAUCCAUAACAACAAUCCCGCUUAAUGUAGCACAAUGUGAGCAAACUAAAUCUUUAACACCUGAGGAAGAAAUUUCUCUGAGACAUUAUUUACAAACAUUGAACUUAUCAACAAGCCCUAAUGUAAAUUCAAUAGAAAUUAAAACUGAAAUAGAGGAAAUAAUAAAUCGUGAAAUAAAACAUCGUUUACGAAAGAAAGGCUUGGCCGAUGACCUGUUUGUUCAAAGACUUGGUCCUCCGCGAAUGCUGGAUGUUAUUGAUGAAGAAGGCAGUAGUGAAUCUUCUAUAGCAUCACGUCGACAAUCAUACUUAAGUGAUAAAAAAAGUGACAAUGAUGAUUUAGAAGAUGAUGUGUUUGAAGAUAAAUCGAAACCAAUUGAGAAAUACGUCACAAAAUCUAUAGGUCAUAUUAGUAACAAAAGUUACGGCAGAUUAGUUCCACAGCAAUGCAUGCUAGUCGGAGCCAAACUUCAAGAGCCAGAUGUAUCAGAAGCACGUGGAGUCUGGACUAUGCAAACUGUAGAAAAGAUGACUGGUGCAGAAGUAGUAUAUUUAACAGAUUCAUCUAGUAGUACCAGUUCUAUACACGAUGUUGGCAAUGAAACAGAUGAUAGUGUAGAAACUGAUGUAUCAGUUCGAAUGAUUACCCCAACCAUUGAAGUCACAGAUACCGAAAAAUUAUUAAAAGAAACUUUUGUAGCCAAUAGUGAGGAUCAAGUUCCUAAUAGUAUAGAAGAGAAAAGUGUUAUUAAAAAAAAUGAAGUCAACGAAAGUAGAAGUGAUAGUAGAAAUCAAAAUAAUAUUAGUGAAUUUUAUGAUAACUCUCAUGAAAUUGUUGUGCUAUCCACAGAUGAUAUAAAAACCAAUCUUUAUGUAAAAGAUUUAGACGACUCAAAAAUAAAUUUAAGUAAGGAUAGAGAUGGAGAAACAUCUAGUAACAAAUCUUUGCAAGGAUCUAAAAAUGAGAUUACGACUGAAAGUAAUGCAAAUGUCUAUAAUCUAGAAAUGAAAGUUUUAAAGUGUGAACUGAAUGAUGCAAUAAAUAAUUUGAUUAAAGAAGUAUCAUCAGACUCAGACGUGCCAAAUGAAAAUACCAAAGAUAAUUUUACACGCCAAGACUCAUCAAGUAGUGUUUGUUCUUCCCAGUGCACCGCAAAAUAUAAUCCAACUUCUUCUUCCCUGAAUGAUGUUUCUAACAUAUUGCAUGAUGAAACUUGUCAAAAUACAGAUAAUAGUACUAAAAUUGUACGAAAUGACAAUACAACCACCCAUGUAAAAGAUGUAUUUGAAUGUGUUACAGGAACAACCGCGAAUAUUGACAGUCAACAUAGAAUUAUAGAUCAACCGCUGCCUCUGAGGGAUUUGUGCGUAAAAAAAAUAUCAAAUCUUCCUUAUGGUUUGAAAAUAUUAGAAGAAUUGGCAUCUGUUUCUGAACGACUACAAAAUAUCAACGUGUAUGGCUUGACAAGUAAAGAGAAAGAAAGGGCUUCAAAGAAAGAAAACUUAAAAGAAAAAAAUAUGCCAUAUUAUCCUCUACCAGAUUUAUCGAGUAUAGAAAAAGUAUCCCUACCUUCAAAAAGUUACGAACCUUUAGCACCUCCUGUGCAACCUCGAAAUUCGUCAUUGAAAAAGUCACAAGAUGACAAUCACUGGACUGCAUUGCCGUCUAAAAGUGAUCCUGUUUACGUUUGUUUUUCUCCAUCUCAAAAAAUGUUAAUGGAAAAAACAAAUACGGUAAUAACCAAGGAGGACGCCACUGAACUUAUAGAUACUCAUAAAAAAUUUGUUGAUCGUAGAGGAUACAAUGAAUAUUACAGGGAAAAUAAUAAAGGCCAUGAGCAUGUCACAGAAUCGCCUGUAGUGCCGUUUAAAUCUCAAACUGGAAGUCGAUUAUUGGCUCUAAUUCGAGAUCCAACUGUCUCAUAUAACAUAAAUUCAUCAAUGAAUGAUCAUCAUUUCCGAAAUCAGAACUUUGGAAAUCUGGAUAAGAAGUCCUAUAUGAUGAAUAAUAGAACAGAUAUUUCUAGUACAUUUAAACCCAUCCCACCGCCGAGACCAAAAAAAUAUUCGUCAUCAUUUUACGAAAGUGAUGAAAGUUCCGAUUUUACAGACAGUUCUUUCAGAUCUAUGAAAAGCGAAAGAAAAUAUUUUCACUAUUCAACUGGAAACUUAAGCAAAGAAAUUGAAAACGACGUAUCUUCUAUACAAAAUAUGCAUCGAAAUUUUACUGAUAUUCGUGAUAGUUUUAAUGGAUCAAACUUCCCACGACGACCUUCAUUGCCUAAAGAUAUUUGUGAUAAGCAAAUGGAAUAUAUUAGACAGAAAGAAAAAGAAGUUGAAGCUGAGAUUAAGCGUCUGGAAGAAGAAAAAAACAGCAUGCCCGUUGCUCCACAAAGAGGCCCAAGAGCUCCGUUAAUCAAAGACAAACAUAAUAUGGUCGAACAACAAUAUUUAUAUAACCAAUACAGAGUGGAUUCCAAAAAUAUUUGUAAUAAUAUUCAAGUUCCAGAGAAGCCAGUCAGAAGUAGAUUAAAGUCGCUCUUUAGUAGUAGCGAAGAAGAAUUACUUCGUGAUAAAAUGUACUCAGAAUAUGUAAAUCAAAUGGCGGAACGACAAGAAAGAAAACAACACAGAAUUAUCAAAAUAACUAAUACCGGUGGCGACUCAAAAGCUAAGACAGUGUCAAAAAGCAUGUCAGCCCUUGAUGUUUUAGAUUCAAAGGUAAACAAUCGAAUCGAAAAAGAAUUUAUAUCGAAAGCCAGGGAAAGAUGGGAUAAAUUAGGUAUCAAAGAUCCUGAGACUGAAGAUGAAAUAGAAAGUAGCAAAGACGUGUAUAGGGAACCGAAAGUGAUAGAACAUAAGAUAAAAGUUAUUGAAGGUAACAAAGAAACAGACGUGAAAAAAUUACCCAGCCAUUUACAAGACUUUGUGCGUUUUACUGCUAAGGAUAAAGACGAUGGGAGAAGCAGCUCUGAGACCGUCAUGAUAGCGCCCACCUUCAAGGCGAGGUCUACCUCACCAGCGGUGUGGAGGCCCGGCGCGCCGACGCCGCCACCCGCGGCCGCUCCUGCGCCGGCGCCGGUCGCCCGCAGUCCAGGCGCGCCUCCGCCCCCUCCCCCGCCGGUGUGGACCCCCGGCAGUGCCGGCCCCUCCCCACAGUCUACAAGGAAGACCUUCCGACCAGUGCACUUCGAGGAGACGCCACCCACCCGCCGUAAAUUUGGAAAUUCGGAACACAACGGUUGCACCAGCGAAUCGGAAAGCGAAAGGAGAUUACGCACGUCUCAGAGUGCACCCGCCACUGGACUGAACAGUUUGGGGACCACUGGCUCCAGCAGACUGCCUCGGGCGCAGAACCCUACUGUCACUCUGUUACAGAAAGCUAGAGAAGGCCAAAUUCCUCGUGGCUCCAGCUAUCUUCAGCAGGAGCGAGACAGCGCCCGGCUUCCUCGCGAUAGACCCUCGCCACCUAUUGGGGAUCCAGUGCAUGCCUUACGACUCGGGUACGCGAGCGAGGGCGAGGCGGAGAUCGGCGCGCGGAAGAUGGCCGAUGCGCACGCGCGCUCCAAAGUAGAAGGCAUCGGACCCACCACCAAGGACGGCAUGCCCGUGGCACUCAGAUCGGAAGUCAAGGACCCGUCAAGGUGGUACAAGAAAAUGUAUGACACAAUCCAUAAAAACAAAUACGAUGACGAUUAUGUGACUAUUCGAUACAAAAGUCGACGAGGUGAACCCCCCCAAAGAGUAUCAAACAAAUCACAAUACGCGUACUUCGACCCUCGCUCGGGCUACCUCAGCGAGCCGGAAGGCGGCGGACGGCUGGGCUCCGGCGCGUGGAGCGACGCGUACGACAGUGACGUCACGUCCGGCGCGCGCCGCAGGACCGCCUCCGUGCAGGACGACAGGAGAAUCAGCGAUACCAGCUCGCCAUAUUUGCCUAAUAAUAAAUAUAGUACCUUAGCCUCAGCGAGAGCAAGUCAAGAAGUAUAUAAGAACCAGCCUGGAAGGAUAGAAGACUAUGUGCCUGGACGGUCGUCUGUAAUUGAUAAGGAAGCCAAACAGUGGUGGGACGAGGUCAUGGACAUUUUUGAUGGGUGGCUCGACGACAACUCCCCCCUGCCCCCUUACACCACAUUGCUCGCACGCGCCAUACAGAAGAGUCAAAAUAUUUCGAGCACAACUUCGUUACCACAAGCGUCACCCAAAGAAAAGAAGGAUAUCACUUCAGCAAUUUUAUCUAAGUCAAACAUGGCCAGGGCUCUGAAAGAAUCCGGCUACGAGUCAGACUCGACGCUGGUGUUCCGGCGACGCGACGAGAGCGCGGCGCUGUCGCCGGCCGAGCGCCGCGCCGCGUACCGCGACCUGCAGGCCGGGGGCGAGCCGCCGCUGCGGGGCUUCCGCUCGCCGGCGCCACAGAGGCAAGAAUGCGAUUCCGCCCCAGAGCCCCCUCGAAGAGCAACACAAGGGAUAUACGCCGACAAAGAAUCCCCGCGGCGCUACGUGGAGAGCGACGUCAACAUCCACUACCGCUGUCCUGUGCGUCACGAUCCGCUGCCCCUGGUGCCGGAGAGGGAGCUGGCCCGCCAACAGGCGGAGCACAUGAAGAGGCUAUACCGGGAACAGAAACGGAACAAGUACUUGCAGGAGAAUGAGAUCCAUCCCUUGGACAUAGAAGCGUUUGAUGCCUCGAUCAAGGAGCUGCAAGAUAUGCAAAAUAGGCGUCAUCAAGAUAACUUCACACCGUCACAGAAGAAUAUCCUCCCUCUGAACAGAUAUGACGAGGCUGAUAGAUUCGUCGCCAGAGCACUGUAUGCCUUCAACGGACAGACGGCCAGGGAACUCAGCUUUAGGAAAGGAGAUCUUAUCAAUGUUAGAAGACAAAUUGAUGCUAAUUGGUAUGAGGGUGAAGUACACGGGAAGAUUGGAUUGUUCCCGUAUAAUUAUGUUGAGCUUAUGAAAGGUGAGCUAGCUCAAUCACCAAAGAAACCGACAGUCAUUGAAGGCAGAGCUCGAGCCAAGUUCGACUUCACGGCGCAAACCAACCUCGAGCUUCCACUGAAGAAGGGGGAGGUUGUGGUACUCACGAGACGCAUCGACCAGAACUGGUGGGAAGGCAGGAACGGCGGCAAGACGGGCAUCUUCCCUGAUAGCUACGUCACAGUGCUACAGGAACCUAGCCCAAACAAGCCAGAACCCCAACCUACCCUAUCGAACGAUAAGCCGGUGGCGUCUCCAGCAGCUCACGGUCUCCUGAACGGCUCCGCCAAGAGGAGCAUGGGGGCCCACAGCUACAUGCCGCAGCCCAACAACCCUGCGCUGUCUAAUGCACCUCCAGCUACCCAACCACUGCCGGGAUACGUGGCGAAGCCCGCGCAAGUGACAGCAACCCCCUCGGAGCGGGGGUACGGCCCCCCCACCACGCCCGGGGUAGACCUCAACAAUACGGAGCCUCUCUACGUAGAUACCAAUGCUGAAGCUGUGCCGUACCGUGCCAUGUACAAGUACAGGCCUCAGAACCCCGACGAGCUGGAGCUGAAUGAAGGCGACACCGUGUAUGUUCUGGAGAAAUGCGACGACGGCUGGUACGUCGGCUCUAGUCAGCGCACCGGACGCUUCGGCACUUUCCCCGGCAACUACGUGGAGCGCAUCUGAUAGCGCGCGCCGUCGCUGCUGCGCCGCCUGCGCCGCGCCGCGCUGUGCGCGCGCCGACACACACACACACUCACACACCGCUGACACUUCACACAACACUCACUACAAUACUGAAAUUACAGUGGCCGUUGAUAUUUAAGUUUAAUCUCACUAUCGAAGCUAUUCGUAGUGAGAUGAUGAUUGAUUUACAAUACUUAUAGUUAUGUAUAUCAACACAUCACAUAAAUAUCUAUCAAAAUAGUUCAAAGUGUGAAUAAAUAAAUGUUUACACACUGAUUUAGGAGUUUGUGUCGGGUGCCGUGAAGUGAUGAGUCGUAAAUGUAUAAAUUACAGCGGAAAUAUAAAGUUAUAUUAAUGUCGGCCUUAUUCUGUAUAAGGGUUUAAUCAUCUUAGCCAUGCAUGAACUUUUUGUAAUGUUUUCUACGAAAAAACAAUCGUUAUCAUACCCAAUAUUGUUAAUACAUUGAGUAUAAUCUGUAUAAUACCACUUUUACACCAUUCAUAUUACUACGUGAAAACUGCUAAUCAAUUUUAUUGUUCAAAGUACAAUAAUAAUAUUAAUUAUUUCGGAUCCCUAAAAUGUAUGGUCUGUAGAUUAGAUUCGUCUCAACCCGAAUGGCACUCUCGAUAAAGUUGUAUGUUUAUGUCUGUUAUCUUACAUCAGUGUAAUACUAACUUUGUCGACUGUACGCGAUCCCCUUGGGUUAUAUGCUAUUUCCCUUUCAUUGUGUCAGUAAUGUGUACCCAAAGUUGUUUACGCGUCCCAAAGAGUAUGUUAAAUCGGAUAAUAAUUAUGAAGUUGUAUAAUUGUAUAAAAAAAAAUAAUAAAAAUACUUAUAUACCUGUACAAUUUGUUUAGUAUAGUUAUUUAUUUAAAACAUAGGAGUGAGGGUUUAGGGCUCAUCUUUUAAAAGUGACAUUUUAAAAGAAUGCAGCUGGGCACGUGAUUAACUAAUUCUUGUAACUAACAUUUUUCUAUAACGGUGUUAUAUCGGCAAAGGUCAAACUUUGAAAUUAACUCACAAAUACCUUCAGAUACAAAGUUUUGACAUUUUGUGUAGAUCGGCUACCGGCUCUAUCUAGUGAACAUUUUAGUCUUGUUCAUAAAAAAAAUAACCGCUUGUAUAGCUUUUAUCUCUUUCUACCUUUUCAAUAUUUGUCAUUAAAAUAAUUAAACAAAACAAAAUUUAGCUAAAAUGCAGUUGAAUUUUUUUAUGAAUGAGACGUUUAAAAAAUUAAUUUUUUGUAAAGCAUAGACUAUCCAAAAUAGGUUACAUAUAUAAAUUUGUUACCAUAUUAACAUUAACUAUAAUCAAAAUAAUGUAAUACUCAGAAAGCUAUGCAAUGAUUAGUGUAUGUAGGGCGAGUAAUUUUCGACAACGGUUGACAAUACAAUACGGUAUGCUUAAUUUUUAAUUAGAUUUAAUAUACUAAACGAUAAUUAUCUAAUUAAUCUGACGAAAUAACACCUUCAGUUAAAUAAAUAUGGAUUUUUAAAUGUCUAGUCAUGUGUCAGAUGUUUUAUAUUUUUACAUUGUUAUCAAAAUCUUUUAUUUUCUUUAUAUAUCUAUGUCAUGUCAAUGAUUUUAUACAAUCUGAAAUGUAUAUUUACAAUAUUUUACAAUUGUAGAAAACGGAAACCUUUUAUAUAAAAAAAAUGUAUCAAUGUCAAAUAGUAGACCAUACGAAUAAAAAUGGCGCCGUAUUCACAACCAUGCAAUUAUUGACAGAUUUUCUAAGCAUAGCAUGCGGCGCUAUUAAUUAAAUAAGUAUAUGUUUGAAGAUAAAAACUAUUAUAUCCAGUACAUACCAAAGCAUACUUCUCGCCCUAUGUCAAGCUUGAGUUGUGUAGGUAUGCAGCUUCUAUUACUUUAACCCUUGUAUUGUUGUAUUUAAUUUGUUAAUUUAUUUUUAAAGCACAAAUGUUUUUAUUUUGUUGUUUACACUCGACAUAUUAUAUAACAUUAUUUGCUACUGUUCAAAAUCAUCACACAUAAUAAAAUAAUCUUUCUAUUUA